AUGAAGGAAGAUGACGCUUUUGAAGAUGCGGCCACAGGAACGCCUCUAUCGGCCAUUGCGGAGGCGUUUGAGGAUCUCUCGGGUUUUAUGAAGUCUAGUGGUUCUUGUGACGAGCUUCGUUUGAAGCCCUUUUGUGAUGCUUGCUCUCUUGUCUCCAUCCUCUUCGGUUGCCUCGGAAUUGCAUUUAAGUUCGCCGAGAUGGAGUACGUCUCUAAGGCACUCAUCUACCAAAACCAAAGGCCAAGGGGACUCAUCUCCACACUUCUGGCUGGUAGCUUAAAAUUUGUCCCGAAAUACAGCAGAAAAAAAGCUGCCCAUCAAGAAUCACUGACUGAUGAACCAUGGAUAAAUUUGGUGGACAUUUUUCGAAGUUUUAUCCCUCAAGAACGCAAGAGAAAAUUACCAUUCAUCGGAAUGAUGAAGGAAGAUGACGCUUUUGAAGAUGCGGCCACAGGAACGCCUCUAUCGGCCAUUGCGGAGGCGUUUGAGGAUCUCUCGGGUUUUAUGAAGUCUAGUGGUUCUUGUGACGAGCUUCGUUUGAAGCCCUUUUGUGAUGCUUGCUCUCUUGUCUCCAUCCUCUUCGGUUGCCUCGGAAUUGCAUUUAAGUUCGCCGAGAUGGAGUACGUCUCUAAGGCACUCAUCUACCAAAACCAAAGGCCAAGGGGACUCAUCUCCACACUUCUGGCUGGUAGCUUAAAAUUUGUCCCGAAAUACAGCAGAAAAAAAGCUGCCCAUCAAGAAUCACUGACUGAUGAACCAUGGAUAAAUUUGGUGGACAUUUUUCGAAGUUUUAUCCCUCAAGAACGCAAGGUGCGUAAUCUUACAGAAGCAUCAAAGAGAUAUGGCUCUUUAGAUAGCAUACUUGAUUUUGAUGUCAAAAAUGACACUGUGAGAAAACCAGGAAGCCUUUCACGUAAUCUGCGCAGAGUUAGGCAGGGUCUUGAUCUCAUUAGAGCUCUAUUUCAGAAUUUUCUGUCAUCAAAUGAAUACUCGUUGAAGGAAGCAGCAUCAACAGCUUAUACAAAGGUAUGCGCACCAUACCACACAUGGGCAAUCAGGACAGCUGUUUAUGCUGGAAUGUGUGCUCUUCCAACAAGGGAACAACUUCUACUGAAGCUAAAUGAAACUGAUGAGUCAGCAGAGAAGGAAAUGAGAAGGUAUAUUAAUGCCUCGCUUCCAAUUAUAGAAUAUAUCGAUAAGCUGUACAUCUCAAGGAAUGUCAGCUUGGAUUGGUGAAUACAUAUUUCCUUGGAGCGGUUCUGCAACAGACAGACCUAUUUUUUGGACAGCACAGCAGCAACACCCAUUCUGAAUUUUUAAGCUCCAAGAAUAUUGGGAGAACAAGAGAAUCUGCAUUGCUCCCACGAAGCAUCUUUGAUACAUCUAAGACAUUGUCUUUUGCUUCAUUCCCAUCGUAUCCGUUCCAGUAUGGUGAACUUGGGUUCAUCUCCAUAUUUUUUGCCGAGCAUCAUCAACAUAUAUAUUGUUUAGAGGCAAAUUCUCAGAUGGAUAUAGCCCCAGUUUUAGGUGAUAACGAUAAGACGUACAGUUAUUUAGCUUUGGG